AUGGCUCAGCCGAAGAGGUGCGUUGCCCUGGCGGCCGGCGCCGCUGCAGCAGCGCUCUUUGCUGCCCCAGCCUUUACUGCACCAGUUGUUGCCGAGAGUGCCUCGACGUCCCUCCGUGGUCCGAGCCGGGCCUCCACCCAGGGAGCCUCCACGAAAGUCACCGGUACCACGGUCGCCGUCGCUGGGGUUCUUGCGCUGGGAGCCGUUGCGUCGCGUGGACGUCAGCAGAAGGUUGCGCGCGCAGGCGUCCUCACCAAGGAUGAUCAGGGACGCUUCCGGUUCGAUGCUCCAGAGGUUCCUAUCGUCCCGGAGGAGCAGCCGGGCGUGACUAGGCCUUUGGGAUUCUUCGACCCUCUCGGCUUCUCCAAGAGCGGUCUCAUGACCUUCCCUGGCGACUCCACCGGCUUCAAGCACCUCCGCACAGCAGAGAUUAAGCAUGGACGUUUCGCGAUGAUGGCGGCAACCGGAUCUUUGUUCGCCCACUUUGUGAAGCUGCCUGGCUUCGAGGACGUUCCCACCGGCUUGGCCGCCCUGAACACCAGCAAAGGUGCUGAGGGCUUCGCCCUGCUCUUCUUCCUCAUCGCGGGUCACGAGGCAGUGACCUGGAAGCCGCAGAAGGGGGAGCCCGGCUCCUUUGGCGACCCGUUUGCAUGGAAGCAGUUCACCCCGGAGAUGCGGACCAAGGAGCUGAACAACGGGCGCAUCGCGAUGUUUGCGAUUAUCGGGCAGAUUGUGGCGGAGCUCCAAACCGGGAAGGGACCCGUGGAGCAGUUCGCUGGCUGA